UCUGUGCUCCGAGGUUGCACGCGAGGAGAAUAACAAGAGAACCCGAGCUGUUAUCCCUCUGUUGACUACUUUGGCAGGUUUCAUUCGACAGACGUCGCAACAUCUCCAGUCAAUCGUUUAGGAUAUAUGGACCACAGAACCAGGAAGAGGGUCCGUGAAGCAAAGUCAAGAGCUAGACCGGAGCUGGGCUCGGACAAGAAUGGCUGGUGUCGUUACAACUUUGCACAGACCUUUGACCUUAGUCUGCAGUCUGUGAAGGACAAUGUACCACGACUUGACGUUACCAAGACUACGAAAGAGGAGUUCAUACGGGAUUAUGAAGCUCCAUACAAGCCUGUUGUGCUUGUCAAUGCAACCAAAGAUUGGCAGGCAACUAGAAAGUGGACAAAUCAGAGGCUUGCAAAAAAAUAUCGUAACCAGAAAUUCAAGUGUGGUGAGGAUGAUGAAGGCUACUCUGUGAAGAUGAAGAUGAAAUAUUUUGUUGACUACAUGACAAAUAAUGAUGAUGACAGCCCAUUAUAUAUAUUCGACAGCAGCUAUGGAGAGCACACAAAAAGACGGAGACUUCUGGAAGAUUAUUCCGUUCCGCGAUUUUUCCGUGAUGACCUGUUCCAAUACGCUGGUGAGGAACGGCGGCCACCUUAUAGAUGGUUUGUGAUGGGACCUGGUCGAUCUGGGACAGGGAUCCAUAUCGACCCCUUGGGAACCAGUGCCUGGAACGCUCUAAUAGAAGGACACAAGCGGUGGUGUCUCUUCCCCACAAACACUCCAAAGGACAUCCUCAAGGUUCAGGCAGACGAAGGUGGCAAACAGCGAGAUGAAGCCAUCGCUUGGUUCCAGUUCCUGUACCCAAAAACCCAGCUUCCUUCUUGGCCACAGGAGUUCAAACCAUUGGAGAUCCUACAGGGCCCAGGAGAGACCGUGUUUGUGCCUGGAGGAUGGUGGCAUGUCGUCGUUAACCUGGACGAUACCAUUGCCGUUACCCAGAAUUUCUGCAGCGUGACCAACUUUCCUGUUGUCUGGCACAAAACUGUGCGAGGUCGGCCAAAACUAUCGAAGAAAUGGUACCGUACACUUCAGAAAGAGAAGCCAGCAGUAGCAGCCAUGGCUGACCGAGUAGAUCUGAGCCAGCCGACUGGCUUUAAUUCCGACAGUUCCAGCUCAGGAUCGUCCAGUUCCAGCUCCAGCUCAGAAUCCUCAGGAGACAGUUCGGACUCGGAGAGGAGGAAGAAAAAGAGACGCCGAACUGCUAAGUCAAGAUCACGUUCCAUCACGCCUAAUGGCAGUAAGCGCCACUCACGAUCACAGGAGAUGAGGAGUCAGAGGUCAAGGUCAUAUUCCUCAUCUAGCAGUGAAAGAACCAGCCACAGAAGCAUAUCAAGUACACCAAAAAACUCGAGAUGACCUCACCAAAUUUUCCAUAGAACACUGUGGAUUGCUUAUAUUUCUUGUACAUCAUUUCGUGAGAUGAUUUUCUGCUCUAUUGCUUGAGGAUAUGAAUAUAUAUUAACCUCAAAAGUUACUCUAAUUGAUCGGAGAAUUAUUAAUCAUGUCGGAUAAAAACGUUAUGAUCAUGAUGAUGACAUCAGGCCUAUUUAUGCAAAUAAAGGUGAUGUGAAGUAUAAGUAAUCUACAUUCAACACUGUAUUAUCAGGACAAUAUCUUGUUCCAUCCACCAACGAUGUUAAUGUUUGUAUGACACGUUCAUAGUCAUACAUACGACUUGUUUUUAUAGCGUGACACUAUGUAUCGGUUAUAAGUGAUAGAUGACAAUGCAGGUCCUUUGAUCCCAUCAGGGAUUGACACUAACCCAAACUCUCAGAAAAAAAAUGAAUCCUUGAUGCAGUUUCGUAUGUUCUAGGUCAUUUUGAGCAUAAAAAUACUAGAUCUUACACCAGGGUUUUAUAAAAAAAAGUUUUGAAAAUAAAAUCAUUGAAGUAAAUGUAGGAAACUUUAGCUGGACAUUAUACAUUUGACUGAAAAUGUUGGCAGCCCAGCAAAAUUGAGGCAGUCCAGGGCUACUGGGUUACUGUUAGUGUCGAUCCCUGCCCAUAUUAGGUACUUAGUAGUUUCAGUCUUGGAUUAGGCUUCGUGUCUUUCAUCAACAUGUAUUGGAGCUGUGGGCCAAUUUAAGGGCAUUAGUUUACAUAUGAUGUACGUGCUACUGGACACCAACACUGUACAUAGAGGUUACACAAUCACGAGUCGUGUGACCUGUUUCUACCACAAUAAUAUUUGCUUGAUUCAAAGGGAAACGUGGAUAAGUAUAAUUUUGUGUAUGCAAAUAGAGUGUACCGGUGACGUCCGGGACCCAGUGAUGCGAGGUCAUUCGAUUAUUGAUGACGUCAAUAACAAUUGCAGCUUGGGUCAAAGUUCGAAUUCUUGACCAAUCAAAAGACCGGAAGGUCAUAUACCACUAGUGGUAUAUAAUAUAUAUUUAUCCAACAGUCUGCACAUUAAUACAAUGGCUUGAGAGUGGAAUAACACAGCGUAUUGUGGUAGAAACAUAUUUAUAUAAUUGGCAGUGUCAAAAUGUCCAUCACAUUACUUGUAAAAAUUGUGAACACCUGUCAUUACAGACACUUUGUGUAGCUCUGAUUGGCUGAAGGGUAUCAUUGCUUAAUUUGCAUAUUGGAAGGUUUUAAAUAAUGAUAUGAACAUGUACAUGUACAUAUUAUAUAUAUUAAUAUAUGAUCUAGAUUUCAGUCAAUUGAAAAAAUGUUUUUAAUAUUUGUAAGAACAUAUUAAGUGCUAUGAAAAGUUUUCCAUUUCGAUAUGAGUCAUCAAAAUUUCAUAUUUUAUUCGAUCUUCCUAGAGGCUCAGAUUUUGUUUGAUCUUCCUAGAGGUAUACAAAAACGCUUGGUUUUUUUAUAGGUCUAUGAAAUGGAAGCUGAUUUUUCCUGAGUACUUUCUCCAGGGCCUUUUUUUCACUACUUUGGGAAUGGGGCCUAUGGCUUUGGGAUUGGGAAAAAAAUGUGUGCGAACAAGUUAAUUGGGAAAAAUGGACAUAAUGGUAAAAAUAACAAGUAGACACACAUAUUUGCUCCAUGCUAGAUUUAUUUAGACUCUAGAGCAUUAUCUCCCUUUAUCAGGCCAGAAUAACCAAUAAAAUGUAGACGGUACAGCACCAUUCAGAUUUUUAAAGACACAAUUUUUUUAUAGAUCAUUUGAGUGGGAAUUUUAACUGGUCGGAUUGGGAAAAAUAUCCAAUUUUGCUGUUGGGAAUGGGGGCCGAAUUUCGGCCCCAAAUCAGCCCCAGAAAAAGCCCUGUAAUCUCUGAGAUCAUUUCAUAAUAUUCAAAUGUACAUUGGUACUGAGCAACAGUCAGGUUUGUCACUAUUUUCAAAAGUGGACCCUUGAUCCAAGUAGAGAAAUGCGUUCUAGAUCUAAAAAUUGGUGAAUUGUUCAUUCUCGAUAAAAUAUUGAAUACAGUGCUGUGUUUUAAGCUUCGAAAUGUAGUAAAACGUUAUACAUGUAUGUAAUUGAUAGAAAAAUAUCCUAGAAUUUUUUUAAUAUUGUGAAUGAGUGACACCUAGAAUCCAUAGAUGUAUGUGUUAAAAAGGGUUAAACUGGUAUUUUUAUGUAAUACAUUGAUUUGUACCCUCUGACGAAACUGUAGUUUGCAUUAACCUGAAUGAUUGUUCGUGUUACGAGGUGUCUCGUACUUAACACACAGCAUAAAGAUGUAAAUACAAGUAUAUUUGAGGAUAUAAAUGUUUAAUUGUUCA